CUUGGCGCUCCGAACCCCCACACCUGGGACUGCGCCCCAAACCUGGGACUGCGGACGGCGUGACCCUGUGCUCGGGCCUGUCCGCGCCGGAGCAGCUCCGGGACUGCGCGGCGAGCCAGCUCCCCCACGUGCCGACAUGGGAAAGUCUUUUUCUCACUUACCUUUGCAUUCGAAUAAAGAAGAUGGAUAUGAUGGAGUGAUAUCAAAUGAAAAUAUGAAGACGGGAUUAGUUAAUAAUGAAGUCCAUAAUGAAGAUGGAAGAAAUGGAGAUGUCUCUCAGUUUCCAUAUGUGGAAUUCACAGGAAGAGACAGUGUUACUUGCCCCACUUGCCAAGGAACAGGAAGAAUUCCUAGGGGACAAGAAAACCAACUGGUGGCAUUGAUUCCAUACAGUGAUCAGAGAUUAAGGCCAAGAAGAACAAAGCUGUAUGUUAUGGCAUCUGUGUUUGUCUGUCUGCUCCUUUCUGGACUGGCUGUGUUUUUCCUUUUCCCUCGUUCUAUUGAUGUGAAAUACAUUGGAGUGAAGUCAGCAUAUGUCAGUUAUGAUGUGGAAAAGCGAAUAAUUUAUCUAAAUAUCACGAAUACACUAAAUAUAACAAACAAUAAUUACUAUUCAGUUGAAGUUGAAAAUAUCACUGCACAAGUUCAGUUUUCAAAAACAGUUAUUGGGAAGGCACGCUUAAACAACAUCACCAAUAUUGGCCCACUAGAUAUGAAACAGAUUGAUUAUACAGUACCUACUGUGAUAGCAGAGGAAAUGAGUUAUAUGUAUGACUUCUGUACAUUGAUAUCCAUCAAAGUGCAUAACAUAGUACUCAUGAUGCAAGUUACCGUGACAACAGCAUACUUUGGCCACUCUGAGCAGAUAUCCCAGGAGAGGUACCAGUAUGUGGACUGUGGAAGGAACACGACCUACCAGCUGGGGCAGUCGGAAUAUCUGAAUGUACUUCAGCCAGAACAGUGAGAGCAGAAGGAGGUGCAGUUAGACAGGCUGGUACUUUCUGAACUCUCAAGGAAGGUACUUCCUAAAAGCAGAUCUUAAAUUGAACAACCUAAAGUUUACGCCUCUAUUAUAAGAGCUCAGCUAAGAGAAAGUAGACUUGCAAUUAUUACAACUCUCCACUCUGUGUUGGUAUGUUUGUACAUGAUAUUUUACUUGAACAUAAAUUACUGCUUGGUUUGUACUCUUAUGACCCUAAAAGAGGAAACACAGAUUUUCCCUGUAACAUGAGAACUUCAAAGUCAUCCAAAUCCCCAGCUCUAAGACAGUGUAAAUUUGGUGACAAAAAUAACUUGAGAAACUUAGUUUCUGGAUGUUUUUAUAUAGAAAAUUAUUAGGAACCUAUUAUUCAUGGAAGACUUUUUAAAAAAAACAAGAUAACUUUUUCUUCCCAUUUUAUAUAUGUCUGUUAUUUCAUAUGGUAACAUUUCAACCACAUAACACUUCGACUUUUAGCUAAACAUUUUUUUAGCUAAACAUUUUUAGUUUUUAAUUUGUUGAAAUUCUACUCAUUUGCUUGAUUUUGGCUUCUUUCUGCUGAUUGCAUCACUUACCAAUCAGAAUAAUCUUUGUAAAAUCUUUUACCUAAGACUUUAAAAACUGCUGUGUUUCACGUGUCUUUCCAUGUUACAUAACUUUGUGAGUUGUUAUGUGACAAAGCCCUUUGGUGUACAAUAUUGUAAAUAAACUGCAUGCCUUUAUACAGCUUUGAUAAAUGUCAAAUAAACUGGUACACGUUCAAAAUUUAAAGUAAGUUGCUUAUAAAAAUAAACUAGGAAAAUAAAAUUCAGAAGUCUAUAAAGUAUGUAACAAUUCUAAUUGUAUGUUGGAUCUGGCAUAAAAUAGAGUUGAAAUAAAACAUUUCACUCUUUCUCUUCUUUAUGUUGUUUUUCAUACUGAGAAAUGCUAUAUACGCUUAUUGUUUAUUCAGAUAAAAUAGUUACCUAAUCAUCAUUUUUGUGUCUUAGAGAAUAGAAUUAUUUUUUUAUUGAAAUUAUUCAAGAAAUCCUGUCAUUAAAUGAUGAAAUCUGCAUUGUGGUUUUAAAAGUGUACUCUCUUUGUACAUCAUACGACAGGGUGCCUCUAGCUGUUACAUUCUUAACAUCUUCUACUCUUGUUUUUUUAAUUUUACUUAAAACUGUUUUCAGCUAUAAAGUUUGACUUAAUUGGUUGUUUCAUAUUUCCAGUAUCAUUUUCUACUAGGUAAUUUUUCUUUCUCACCUACCAAGUUCUCAGGCACUUUAAAAUAUAUUAACAGUAAGUAUAGGAGCUAAGUGUGGUAUCAAAAACAAAACAAAACACCAAUAAAUAGGUCAAGUUAGCUCAUUUCUUUCUCUUUGGGUUCCCUAGUGGCAAGAGUCAGGUUUUUCUUCCCCAUUCCAAGUGCCUAACUCAGUUCUUGAAAUUGCCUAUAUAGCAGUCUGAUUCUUGCAACAAUAAACAUCAACUUUGUUUUAUUUUGCCUUUAAA